AUGUCUCCCAAAUUCUCCAACAAAAGGUCAGAUCACACCGGCCUGCUAACGCAAGCACAAAGCCACACGAUUCCAGGUGCAAAUAUCUUGGCCGAUCUCAAGGUGAUCACCGAGAGCCUUGAGAACCCAAAGAAGACUCGGCGUUGGAAAGGCAUGUUCAAAGACCAUUAUUCAGUGUCCUGGGACGAAUGUCAAAUGUCGAAUGGGCUGGCAAGGGUUGAAACCAGGAUGAUUGAUAUUCUGAACAUCCGGGCAAAUGUCCACGCACUGCCCAAGUGGCAGAGGCCCAAGAAUCGCCCGCAACGCCGACAAAUUCAAAGAAUUUGUGAUUACUGGAUUGGUCUGUGGCACCAUGAUCCCUAUAUUUCUGUUCCGUCCGAGGCCUCCCGUCAGCUAUGGGCACUCUACCAUUUGUGA